AUGGGCAACACCGUCGUCAUUUUCAGUCUCCCUGAGGAAGUGCUAGUGCUCGUUUUUCUCGAACUUGGACUUCAGUCUCUUGUGCAUUGCAAACGUGUAAGAUUCCCCCUCAACAUCGCAUGCCGGCACUUCUGGCACACCUUCAAGAACAGUGUCCUUCUCCAGUAUUGGACGGAGUUACAGGAAUCAUGCAUGUAUGAUCCCUUGCCGGACUGCGAGGCUUCCAGUGCCCAAUCUCGCCUGGAAAAGCUCCGCGCACACCGUCGCGUCUGGAGUGCUUUUUCCUGGUCUGACCCGGAAGUCAUUGGUGACUGCAGAGAUGCGGUGUGCUGGGCCUUCAUCGGGGAUGUGCUCGCUAUCGGUAGGUCAGGCCGCGUCGUAUGCAGGCAGAUAGGGUCUGCAAGCGCCCAUGUUCCACCGAGGACUUGGAUGGUUGGGCAUCCCAUGAGAGAUUACUCUAUUGCCAUUGACCCGGCGCAAGACCUGCUGGUUGUCGUUGGGAAUGCUGAAGAGGGGUCUUCGACGAAGGUUAUAUUUUUCAAGUUAUCGACAGGCGCACGUCAUCCAGCGGCAUAUGGGGACAUUUCAGUUUACGAGGAAAACGAAAUUAGGGCCGACCGUAUUGAUGGCUGUCAAGUUCAUGGGUCUCGAUUGGGCGUCUUGCUCAGAAGUCAUCAGCCCACGUCAGUUUUAAAGAUUUGGGAUUGGACGUCUGGCGAACUUAUUUUUGACCUUCAUAUGCAUAUACUGUGGUCAUUCUCAUUUCUCCCAGGCGAUCUCGUGCUCCUUGCCCUCCUCCCCGACAACUCUGAUGUCACGCAGCUGUUCAUAUGCGACCUCUCCUCGGGUACUUUCGCUGGACGCAGGAUUGUCUUGAACAAAUGUGCAGAUAAUUCCCAGUUGCCCCAUAUCUGCAAGUUUAGGUUCUUCGCGAAAGACGAGGAAGAUGUUGAGAUGGUAUCAGUUCGGCCUAUCAUUCUACCUAGUCAAUCCCCAGUCUCACGAGCGGCGGGGGACAUCUCUUCUUUCCUGCUCAAACCCGAGUCUCAGCUCCUUGCUGUUACGAUUCAUUUAGAUCGCAAUGGGCGUAUAAACGAAACGACCACUCUCAUCCCACUCUCUACUAUCAUGGAAUAUGUCGACCGCGCCCGUUCGGCGUCGGUACUUCACCUCGAAGUACGUUGGGAUGAAGGGGUUCCAAGCGGCGCUCACAAGUUGCACGCGGUCACCGGGUUCGGCCGCCAGUGGGAAUGCGAAUCGACGUACGGCACGCGUUUUGCUUGCCUUUACCAGAUCAGCAGGGGACGCUUCGAGCCGCGGGACAGCCACCUGGACAUGCCGCCGGAGGUGAUAAAGGUGAAUGGGGAGUGGAGAUGCACGCAUAAUCAGAUCGCCGAAGAGCCUGAAGGGGUCCAUGGUAGGUGUGCAGACAUUUUGCUGCCGCGUCUGCCGGAUGGAAAGCGGUGGGAGAAGGUGCUGCUAGGUGCGGAGGCGAUGGUGGUUAUCUCCGAUGGGCGUGAAGAUGGUUUAGGAAUUACAUUCGGCAUUCUGACGCUGCAAGGCCCAGAAGCGAAAGAAUCUGCCUGCUCCAAAGAAACACGCGAAGAAGGGAUGAUGCCUAUUUGGCGCAGGGUGCCCCGUAGUAUAGUUCCAGGCUUGUUGGCAUGA